CGCACUUCCGCUUUAAAGGCGAAGCAGAGUCCUGCACGAGAGAGUCGCUGUUCACAUACCGAGCCGUCGUCAGAUCAGAUCCGCCUUCAGUCCCGACGCCAGGCGGCUGGAUCUGCCGCUCUGUGCGCACCGCUGGAGGAAAACACGCAAUCUGUACUUAUUUUUGGAGGGAUUUUCUUUUAACAUUUUACCGGAACUUUACGCAGGAAAACCACCGGGUUACACCUGCGUGCGUGCUCUGGUGGCUGACUCUAAAACCACUUUGUAUUCUCUCCUAGACCCCACUUGUUGAUGGGGCACCGAGGGGGUCUCCCUCAAUUAUUAUUCGUAAUCUGGAGCUAACUCUGUCCGACGGGGGAAGUUUCGAGCAGCGCGGUUUCCUGACAGAUGGCUGCGAUGGGAGGUGAUCGGUAACAGCCCUCGGCAUCGGAUUACACAGUCAGGCUGCUGCCAGGUAAAGCAGCAGGAUGGGAAACCAGAUGGACAGGCUGUCACAUCUAAGUUAUGCAGAAGUUCCGACGGUGGACCCGAACGGCGUGGAUACGGACGACGGUCCGCGGAUCGGAGUGUCUUACAUCUUCUCGGGCGACGACGACGAGCUGGAGGACGGAUGCGCGGUGGAUGGCGGAGAAAAACGCGCAAACGAGGAAGAGAAAAACUAUGAUCAGCGCGACGAGGUGGAGUGCGCUGUCUACAACAGAGAGGAGUGCAUCUAUGAGAAGAGCGCGAAGUGCGCAAACCUGGAGGUCUACUCCCCGGAGAACCUGCUCAACAAGUGCAAGGCGGGGGACCUGGUGGAGUUCGUGGCCACGGGUCAGUACCCGCACUGGGCCGUGUAUGUCGGGGACUUCCAGGUGGUGCACCUGCACAGAGCCGAGGUUAAAAACAGCUUUCUGACCGACGCCAGCCAAGGGAGGAGGUGUCGGAUCGUAAACGACUGGUACAAACUGAAACCCCUGUGCGCAGAAGUGGUGGUGCAGAACGCGAUGGAGCAGGUGGGGCUGAAGGACCGGGAGUUGAGCUGGAGGAACUCGGAGAGCUUCGCCGGUUGGUGCAGGUUCGGCAAGAGGGAGUUCAAGAUGGGCGGGGAGAUCCGGAUCGGCAAGCAGCCCUACAGGCUGAAGGUGUUCGUGUCGGACAAACAAUCUCACGUGUUGGAGUUUCAGAGCUUGGAGGACGUGAUCAUGGAGAAGCGGAGGAACGACCAUCUGGGCAGGACAGCCGUGCUGCGGGAGCUGGCGGCGCAUUUCAGAGGCGUGGAGGAGAUGAAAAGUGAGAUGGGAGCGGAAUGAUGUCAGUUCCUCAACUGUUACACUGAUCUCCUCAAUCCGUAGCAAUCCUCGUUAAUUUUUCAGGCCUUUGCAAAAAAACAUUCACACCCCUGAAGUUUUACACACUGUGUCACAUUGCAGCCAAAAACCUAAAUGCCUAUUGGGGAUUUCUGUUGUAUAGACCAACUCAAAGGAGCACAUAAUUGUGAAGGAAAAUUGUACAUAGUUUUAAAAUUUUAAACCAAACAUAUCAGAAAUUAAAGACUUAUUCAUUUAGCCUCAUUAGGUCCCCUAUACAUAGGAUUCAAAAAUUAGUCCAGAAAUUAAGUUUUUGACAUGGAUGUCUACCCCCCGGAGAACCUGCUCAACAAAGGUAUGUCCGGUUAGAGCGAAUCUAACCGGACAUACCUCUGAACACCAUACCCACUGUCAAACAUGGUAGUGGCAGCGUCAUGCUGUGGGCCUGUUUAGAUUUAGCAGGGAGAAGGAUUUGGUCAUGGUUAAUGAGGAGCUGAAUGCUGGACAUUCAAAGCAUGUUUUAGAAUGGCCCAGUCAAAGUCAAGACCUAAAGCUAACUAGAAUUAUGUGGCAAGACUUGAAAGUUGAUGCUCUUAGAUCUUCUCCAUCGAAUACGACUGAGGUUGAGCUAUUUGGCAAAAAUAAGAACAGUUAGCAGAGACGUAACCAAGAUUUUGCAGCAAAGCGUUUAUUCAUUGGGUUGAAUCACUUUCUGAAGAAAAAAAAUGGGAAUACUACCAUUCACUUUCCACUUCACAGUUAUGGACUUCUUUGUGUUGGUCUGUUUUAAAAAUAAUAACCAAGCAAAUUGAAGUCAGUGGUUGUAAAGUCUCUACAUUUCAAAAUAUUUAAGGGGUAUACAUUUGUUUGCGAGGCCCUGUAAGAAUAACUUCAGCAUUUAAUUGACACAUGGACAUAUUUUUGGUCCGUGUUUUUUAAAAGUUUAUAAUUUAACUGCCUUAAAGCCUCAAUCAUCAUUUCACAACUCAACUUUGACAAAUGAAAAUGACUGAAUCAGCUGUUUAUUUUUGCUACAAAAUGCUCUCCGCUCAUAGAAUGUAGUUUUAUAAACGCAAAUUCAUCCCAAAGUGUCUGGAAGCAGGACGAACACAUUCCUUCUAUUUAUAGAUUGUCCCAUUACUUGAUCCAGUUGAGAUUUAAUUUCAUGUCUCAGCUCUCUCAGACUGCUGUGGAUUUUACUUUUCAGCCUUUUUGGGUGGGUCCAACCCAGCGGCACAUGUGGAGGAAAUGUUGUGGAGCAUUGUCUGUUAAACUGAUCAAAGUCUGUGUUAACUGUUCCCAAAGUCUGAGUAAAUCAUGAGUGACUGUCCCACCUGGAAGCGAUUGUUAUUGUUUCUGCUGUUAAAGUUGAUCAAUGCGAAGAUAAAAUCAUUUAAUGCAGUCUUUAUGCUCGGCGACCAUAUUAGAUUUAGCGAUAGAUUAAUCGCUUGGAUGUGCAGCGAACAAAUCUGAAGCAACUCUGUGAUGCUUUUAUGGCUAAUAUGAACCAAAAUUUAUCUGGUACCAUGAAAGUAGUUCUGAAGAGUACUAACGUCGACCCAAUAAAGAGGCCAGUGAUGAUAUAUUUUAAUUUAGAAUAUUCAGCACACACUGUAAUAAUUAUUUGUCUAAAUCUUGUGACGCAACAAAAAUUAACAAAUUUUAGGAGUGCACUGAUUGCAGUUUUUUGGCCGAUCACAUAUUGCCGAUCUUUAAAAAACCUGAUCUGCCGAUUCAGAUUUGGGCCGAUACCAAUUUUGUUUGUGUGAAAUAUCGCUAAAUAUGGCAAGAAAGUCAGCAAAAUUAGGGUGACUAUUGUUAACUGCUAACAUGCAGGCAUGACCAGGUGGGCCGGUCUGUCAGUCAAACCUCUCUAAAGGCAGAACAGAAAACGACAGAGGUUGAUUUUUAGACCUUGGCAGAGGUAGAUAAGAUCGGCUUUACAUUCAAGUGUCGGCCGAUCACCGAUUUCUCAAAAUUAAGGAAAUCAGCAUCGAUAAAUUGGCUGUCUGAUAAAUCGGUCCAGCCCUAAUCAUCAAUAAUCCCACAAUAUCUAAAGCAACUUGUUUUUGGAAGUUUAAAGCAGAUGCUUUUCUAACUUCCUCUAGCAGCUCUGCAAUUAUAAAGCUAGUUCAUUCAUAAAAAUGGAACAACAACUGUUUUAUUCCUGUCUUGCUCUGUAUUAAUGCUUUCUUAACUGGAAAUGCUGUAAGAGCUUCUUCAGAUGAAAAAAAAAGCAGCGCAUCAUUUCACAAUGAUGCUAAUGAAUUGGCUGGUAAACAUAAAGCAAUAUUAGUUAAAAUUAUUAAGUAUCUCCACAAGAGUGUGAUAAAUAAAUAUCAAGUCAGAAGGUUAUGGUUGGCAAGUUGGCAGUGCUGAAAUUUUAGAUUUUAAUAUUUAAUUAUCGCUGCUUGAAAACUGAGAAAAGUCCUGAAUUAAUUUUUCUUAAGGGGUAAAAAAGGAGUUGUUAAAAUGAAUAAUUCAUCACUUGAACUUCAUAGACCCUUCGUGGAAGUAAGAUGUGGCUAUGCUUUAAUUUUCAUUUCUGUAUUUUUGGCCAACUUUCACCAUGGUAUAAACUCUAGGAAUAAUAACAGCUCAGGCUGCAGAAAUAUACAAUACUUAUUUAAUCACUUUUGCACAAGAAUGGUGCUGCAAUUUAUAAAGAUUUCAACAGCCAACAGCUGGUGAGGGAGCACAUGUGCAUUUAGAUUAGUGAUGAAUAAAAGUGAAGCAAUACCCAGAACUGCUGCUUGAGGCCCUGCUCUCAGAGUUCAAAUGUGGGCCAAAAUAGUUGAUUUUAACAAAACAAUAAAUUGAAAAAUGACUGUUUCUUGACAAAACAAUAAAAAGUGGGAAAAUCAAGUCACGUCGAUGCAAGAAAAUGCUGUUUCAAUUCUGUAGUAAGAGGCAUUUUCUUUUUUGCAGGGUUGCCGACGCGACUGCUAACCUUUAAGACUAAUAAUAAUUUGAAAAUAUUCACAAAUAUCACUUAUACGCUUAUAUUGCUGUAAUUGUAUAGAAGGCCAUAUUACAGCAAUUUUCUCACGGUAAUUGAAGUAAAGCCUUUGGAUCACAAACAAUUACUAAUUAUUGUUCUGUGUUGCACAUGUUAAUUUAUGCUUCUAUUCCUGCGAGAAUUGCUCCUGGGCAGUUAUUGAUUUGCAGCUCACGUAGGCUGAAAUGAAAUGAGAAAUAACCUCAAACACUUUCAAUUCGCCCACAGAGAUUAAAACUUUGUUGAGCCAGAAACAGCUUGUUGUUUGGCGAGAAUAUGUGAACGUCGCAAGACUGCAAACAUCUUUAGCGCAGGGCAGAAUGAUUGUCUAAUUUAUGAAGAGUCAGAAAAAAAAAGCUUCAUAAUUGUCAUUGUUUGGGCUUUGAUUUGCAACAACUUCCAUUUAUAUAAUUGAAAAAUAAAUGUUAAAGUGUGUCAAACGUGAAAUCCUUUCAGAAUCAGCUCUGGGAACAACCGGACAAACAUCAUCUUGUGUUUGUAGAAUAAACCGACCGCCAUCAGCUGCAAACCUUUGCAUCCGAAGCUUUGUUUCAGCUGCCCUGCAGCAUUUUAAUCAAGUUAGGAUAUUAAAUCCUCCUAACAGAGUCUUGUCAAGCUCAGCUUUUUCAGCAGCAUACCAGACACUUUUAUAUUGUACCAGGAGUCAGUUAAUGAGACAGAAGUGCAUGUUAGCAGAUAUUACCGCCAUGGCUGUAAGGAGGAUAAAACAAGGUUAAGACAUUCAAUCAAAUGUUCAUAUAAAGUUUUAUGAGACAUUUGUCUUGAGUCAGAAUUAGCAGCACAUUGUUGGUUUCUUGGGAUUUGAACUAAAAUCACAAAUCUAUUCAUUUUCCAUAAUUAGUACAGCCUUCAGGGAGGCUUGUACCUCAGAGGUUCACCCUGGUAGACUAAGCCAACAACUCUGCACACAAACAUAAUUAACCUAACGUGUAUUUUCUUUUUGGGACCUAAGCAGAAACGAUUUGAAAACCCAUGAGGAACAACUUUCAGGUUCCUAAGCUAAGAAAUG